AUGACCACAUACAACGCUAGCAAUAACAACGAGGUCGGCCGGGCCAGGGUACAGGGGACUGAGCCUUUGAGUGACAAAAACGAUGGCACCCACCCGCGUCGACCUGCAGCAGCUCCUCGCAGCAACAACAGCGAUUCUGCACCAGACAAAGAACCACAACUACCAGUCAACUACGAUUUCCCCUUCAAUGUACCAAGCCUGCUUGUUCCUGUUCUACCCACUCGGGAGCUCCAGCAGCGCUACUUUCCCGUCCAGAAGCGCACCAGCUCCAAGCCGUCACAGUCAUCUUCCAAGCCAGAAUCCUUUGCGGAGGCGAUGCGUAGAGCAGAGAGAAUGACUGAAUACUCAAACCUUCCAACAAAUUACGACUUCCCUUUCGGCAUUCCUUCACUGUUGAUAGACACCUAUUCACCCUUUGAAAUAGACCUCAGGAAUCGAAAACCAUCGCCCCCGAAGAACGCCAGGAAUGAGAAGCCCCAAUCUAGCUCGUCCAAGAGACUACCAAAUAGAAGGGGAAGCGAGCGGGGAAUAGCUGAGACAGCAGCUACUGCUGGCUCUACUACGGCAAACAUAAGUGGCAAAUCAGACCUCAGAAGUCCACAACCAUCGCCGCCCGCGGAUGCCCGGAAUGGAAACCGCCCGUCUAGCUCGUCGGACGGAGAAUCAGGGAAGCCUAGGAAGUUGUCAAAAAAGGAACGAAUACCGGCAAAGCCUGAGCCAUCAGCAUCUACUGGCUUUACUACGGCAAACAUUUUCGGCGAAACAGACGUGUCCAUCUAUGAAGCCCCAUUGGCCCCUGAGCCACAGCACCGGAGUCUUUUGGCUCGAGAAGUUGGACAAGGCCCAACCCGACUGAAGCCAAUACAUGUGCUUGCUUCUAACCUACAGUCAACCUACAUCGCCCACUCCUUGUCUCGGGUCGAGCAACUUCCACCUGUGACAUUGCUCGUUCCGGGCAGGGAACAAAGGGCUUGGUUCCGAGAGGGCCAGCAGAUACGAUUAAUGCGCGGUUCUGACCUCAUUUCUUCUGGGACUCUGGCUGCUGAAGGUUUAUAUCCCAGGGGAGGUAGCGGAGAGGGCCAUAUUGGUCAGUUGGUGGUGACUGCGCGUGCAGGGAGGGUCGUGAAAGAACUUGCGCCUCUUGUUCCUCGGAUAGACAACAGAACAGUCAUUUGUCUUGUCCAAGAUGCGCUUGGACUUCCAGAGUUUCUCAACGAGCGUCUGUUUCAAAAUGCUGAGAGCCGCCCGCUGUAUGUCUUGGGUCACAUGACACAUCUACCGCGGCACAUAAGAGAUGGCUCUGAUUUUUACCGUUUCGCAAUUGGUGAAGAGCCGGAGAUGGGACGACUGUAUCUCACUGCGUUGCUGGGGGAGGUGGACCAGUUUGCGACCCUCCAGAAAUAUCCGCCGCCCAACUUCGUUGGUCCUCAUGAGCAUUUCCUAUACGGAAUGUCAACGGACCGCAAGCUCAAUGUACAAUUGGUACCAAUGGGUCGGUUUCUGCAGCUCAAACUGACCAAACUCAUGUUUCUGGCUGCCGUUGACAGCACUGUGGCCAUGCUGGACUGCGAGUAUAGCGAGCUGGCUCGUCUUGAAAGCGGACUCGAGCUAGUGGAACAGAUGCUUGAUGAGAUUCGCAACGUCAUAGCCAAGUUACCAGAACUGGAAACAAACCCACAAUUCCGUAGCUACGCCGAAAACCGCUACCUACGAGGAGAGAUUGUAGGCAGGUUGCGGUCUCUCAGCCCGUCCAGAAACAGCGAAUUGCGUUCAUAUGUGUCAAGUGGCAGCGAUCUCGAUAUUGAACACACGGCUGGAUGGUUUGUCAGGCGUGGUCGGGAUCUGGGUCUCAAACUCCCUACGACAUGGUCGGUAAUGGAGUCAGUCAAGGCCAAGGCCAAACUUAUUCGGAAGCGCAAUCAAGACGCCAUCAAGUUUCAGCCCUGA